AUGACAGCGCGCGAGGUGGAUGUCGAUCUAGCCACUGAAAAUGUCAUGUCUCACACCGUCACGAAGAACGCCGAUUCGACAAGUCUGUCCAGCGACGACUAUGGAACCAACGAAAUCAAGUAUUGCCGACGUCAUUAUCAUGGACGUCAGGACACUGCCACCGAGAAGGCCGUGAGUGGGAAGAACAAAAAGUUUGAACUUGAAGAAAUAUUCCAACUGCUGUGGAUUUUUCGGGCUAUGCUGGCCUUUUCGUUGUUCGAAACAAUUACCUCGAUGACAUUUGCACCGAACGCGACGGAGCUUGCUGAACAACGAUUCAAGGUGAAACCUAUCACCGCUGGUUGGAUCAUCUUAGCGUCGAAAUAUGGAGUAUUCGGUGUCGGCCUGACGUUGUUGCUUAGCAUGGCGCUCGCCGACCUUGUUUCAAGUAGGACCGGCUCGCCUGUAUCUUUGGAUGUUUACUCUGUCGUCUUCAACUUGGGCUAUACUGCAACUAUGGACGGUACCUGCACCAACCUCUGGCACCAGUCUGUUUAUAGUUCGGCCUUUUCGCUCAAGGUGACUAUGAACCAUGCUAUCAUUGUCCGAAUCAUCACUAGUGCGUUGCAGGAUGCAGACAACAAUUCCUACCUACAGAUCAUGCAGGUCUAUCUUGUCCUUUCCGUCUUCACAGCCUUUGUCGGCAUCGUGAUCCUCUUGAGCACCUUCAUGACCAAGCAGUUGGCGAUUCUGCAGUGGGCCCAGAAGAAGCGCCUGACAUCGGGCGCUGAGACCAGUCAUGUGCUCAAAGACAACAGUCUCAUCGACCAUGAUAAGCGCGCACGCUAUAUUUACAUCGUUUGCUUCGCGGCUUUCGUCCUGUUGAUCGCGUACAUUGGGGGUGCGGUGACUGGACACACAGUUGAACAGCGGGAGUCUCAUUAA